AUGGGCAAAAUGACCAGCGAGAGCGGCAAGCCUGCCGCUAGAAGGAACCGGACGGCCAUGUCCUGCGACAAAUGCAAGUCAAGAAAAACCAAGUGCAAUAAUCCAGUGCCAGGCCCAUGCGACUAUUGCCGGAGCAUAGGCGCCUCAUGCCAGAUCGAUGUCGGGAAGCGGAAGCAACGGCCGUAUUACUUCGUUUCCGAAGAACAGUACAAACACAUGGCAAAACUGAUUGCUCACCACUACGGCCCAGACAUCGAUCUUACCACUCUGAGAACUCUUGCUGCAGGAAUCGACAACAGCAGCGACGGCAGCCCGAACCAGAUGCCCACUCCCAGCAUUGGCAUGUCAUCCACAAAAUCCGAGUCCAUCCACUCUGGCGCCCCAGACGAUGUAGUGGAGAAGCAAGAGCCACAGGAAGGGGUCGCGCUUGAUGAUAUUGAUAGCCUCCAUGAACAGCUCGGCUGCAUGCUGAAGGAUAGCACUGGCGAAUAUCGAUACAUGUCAGCCGUCAGUGGCAUCUCCUUCAACGCCGCUGUGCGCUCCCUCAAUCCAGGUUCUGUAUCUGCCAAGCUCGACAAGGACAUCAUUCCGCCCAUGAAGACCAUGAGUCUCCCACCAGCGACCCCGGAUAGUUCAGCUGCUUCAAUAUCUCAGGGCGAUAUACAGCUGCCGUCGAAGCCACUCGGCUACCAGUAUGUCAACAGGUAUUUCGACGAAGUACACUGCCUUUAUUGGCUCUACUCGUCAGAGCAGUUCCACACACGGCUCGAGAACACAUAUGCUAGUCGAUCCGCAACAAGCGCGUCCUGGGUGUGCUCUCUCUACUCCAUCUUUGCGCUAUCUUCGCAGUAUCCUUCAAAUGCCGAGGCAGGAAUCGAUCUGCGAUCUGCCUCCGAAUAUCUGACACUUGCAAAGUCGAUGGUGCCGAGAGUGUGCGACGAGGCUGAUCUCGACAGCAUUCGGGCGCUGAUUCUAUUGGCACUUGCGUUACAGUCGCAUUGUUAUUCGACAUCUGCGUAUCUCCAUGUAGGAAUAGCGACACGUGUUGCGCAGUCUCUGGGUCUUCAUAUGGACAAGUACUCGUUAUCUCAUGGCUUUGUUGAGCGAGAGCACGCACGACGGAUAUGGUGGACUCUCUACAUCUUUGACGUGGAGUUGAGCCUACGGUGUGGCAAGCCUCGCGCCACCACGAUCGAAGGGUCGAAACGUCAGGCGCCACUGCCUUCAGAACAAGUCCUGAAUCCCGGGCCGAAUAUGCCAUCGGGAUAUCUGGAGGUAUCCAAAAACCUCACCCAGCUGACCGAGCUCACGUCUCAAACCCUCUACCUCGAGCCUCUCUCCGGCGCGAGAAAGUUACUAUCGCCCCGAGUCACCUCCAUUCUCUCUUCGCUACAGGAGUGGGCCAAUAAAGUGCCAUCUCACCUCAGCCGCACAGCCUGCGUGGCACCUUCGCACAAGCGAUCGAUAGCGCUGCUGCACGUACGAUACUGGAGCGUGGUGAUUCUGGCGACACGACCCUUCUUGCUCUGCAGCGUCCUCCGGCAAGCGGAUCUUGAUGAAGCGGAUAAGAAGCGGUGCUACGACGAGCUGGCUGGCAUCUGCAUCGACGCCGCACAAAACUCGUUGAACGUGCUAAAGAUGAUGGGGGAUGAAGGGCUGAUUUCGAGUCUUCUGCAGUCCGAAUUUCUUUACAUUUUGGAACUGGUCCAGUGUUUCCUCAUCGCUUUCACCAAAACCAAGGAGGAAAACCAUAUCCGCAGCGUGCGGGCCUGUUUGACCGUUUUGAAAUCCAUGGACGACAUAGGUUUGGUCCAGAAAGCUCGACCAGAGACGAUUCUGCAACUCAAGGAGCUCGGUAUUGUGGAUGGCGAUGACGAGCUGGGACCUGCAGAUAACCUGCAGGAUUUCAGCCAGUUUCUCAUGGGCGAGAGCGGGGUUGACGUGUACGAUAUGUAA